AUGGAAGAAAUUGAAUUGAAUAAUCCUGAAUUAAGAAAUACAAAAUGUAAUUUAGAUGGCGAUCCUAAAACAGAUUGGCUCUGUAAUAAAAAUGGCUUACUUUUAAAAACAUAUGGGUGGCUAGUUAAAAAUGCUAUAGGAAUUAUAUUGUUAAUACAUGGAUUCAAAUCUCAUACUCGAUUAACUUUUAUGAAAAUGAAUUUAAAAAUGCCAAAUAACGAUGAAGGCUUAGUAGUAGACACUAAUAAUUACUAUAUUUAUAAAGAUAGUUGGAUUGAAAAAUUUAAUCAAAAUGGUUAUUCAGUAUAUGCACUAGAUUUGCAAGGCCAUGGGGAAUCAGAAGCAUUUGAAAAUUUAAGAGGUAAUUUUAGUUGCUAUGAUGAUCUAGUUGAUGAUGUAAUACAAUAUAUGUAUCACAUUCACGAUGAAAUCUCAAAUGACAAUCAAAUGGAUGAUACAUCUAACAAUAUAGUAACAACUAAAAAAAAAAGACUUCCUAUGUAUAUUAUUGGGUAUUCGAUGGGAGGGAAUAUUGCUUUAAGAAUAUUACAAUUAUUAAAGAAAGAAAAAGAAGAUAAUAUUAAUGAUAGAGAUAAAAAUAACUAUAAAAAAUGUAAUAUCAUGUUAGAUAAUUCUACUAAUGUUAAUGAAAUUGACAAUGAUAUGGUAGAAAAUAUUAUUAAUGAUAUGAAUAAUUCUAAUGAUCAUGCUAUAGAAGAUAUGAAUAAUACGCAGUUAAUUACCAAUUCUAAUGAUUAUGGUUCCAAUAAUCCAUAUGGUAGUAUCUCUGCUACGACAAAUGCUAGUACUAGCGAUAAAGAUGAAAGAUGCUAUAAUUAUUUGGAUAAAUUAAAUAUUAAAGGUUGCGUAUCUUUAUCUGGCAUGAUGAGAUUUAAAACAAUAGGGAAUGCUGGAAGCAAUUCAUAUAAGUAUUUUUGUUUACCUAUAAUAAAAUUUAUGUCUUGUAUCGCGCCUCAUGUACUAAUUCCGCCAAAACUCUAUUAUAAAAAGUCCAAAUAUAUUGCUAAAAUAUAUAAACGUCAUAAAUUUCUAAAUGAUAAAGGAACAAACUUUAAAUGUAUUUCUGAACUUAUAAAAGCAACGAUCACAUUGAAUUGUAAUAUUAAUUAUAUGCCAAAAGAUAUUCCUUUAUUAUUUGUGCAUUCAACAGAUGAUAGUAUUUGUUCUUAUAAAGGGACUAUUUCGUUUUAUAAUAAAGCAAAUGUUGAGAAAAAAGAAUUACAUAUUGUUGAGGGUAUGAGUCAUUCUACACCGAAAAAGCCAGGAAAUGAAGACAUUUUAAAAAAAAUUAUUGAUUGGAUUUCUAAUUUAAGAAGGGGUGAUGAAGAUGAAAAAGAAAACGAAAAAGAAAAUUAA